AUGGCGGGAGUGACCCGGCUCCUGGCAUGCUGCGGGCUCCUCGCAUGCUGCGGGCUGAUGGUGCUUGCCCUGGUGGCUCCCUUGGCUGGAAGCCCACCUGCCCGGGAAUUUCACGGUGGGAGCAUAGGAGAAGAAGCCCUGUCCCAGGGCCGAAAGGUCGCGACCUUUCUCCCUGCAGUUCCAAGCCUGCUCAAAGCACCAACCUGCCAAGAGUGGAUCCCCACGCCGUGGUUCAUCAGCGUUCUGAUGUAUGCGGCCACAUACGUUGCAGUCUACGUGUCGGCUUGUGUGGCGGUUGCAGUGCUAUGCUGCAGAACCCAACGGCCGGGGUCGGGCUCCUCCGGAGCUAGGACUGAUACAUCUCCUGCGGUCCCCGGAGAUUCCAGCACCGAACGCCAGGUUGGCCAUGAAGACUCGGAGCGAGCUCAGGCUCAGGGUGAUUUUCGUAGGGUCCUUGACCUGCUGGUCUACGGCGCGAUGGGCCCAGCUAGCUUCACCUACGCCAUCACUUCGGUGCCCAAGGACAGGUUCGAAUACUAUGUUUCCUCUCUCCUCUGGCUGCUCUUUGGCUCCUACAUGUUCGGACAAUUGCUAACUCUCCUCGGGAAGAUGACCAAGCCGCUGGAGGCUCCGGCUGGACUGUGCUGGGAAAUCUACGAGUUUUGGGCGCUGGUCAUGUUGACAUGUUCGUUCCUGCAAGCUUUGGCGGUGAUCGUCUCCGUUCCCAUGGACCAGAACUUGCCCUACCUGGGCUUCCCGAUCAUCCAGGCAGUGCUGCCGAUCUUUCGGGAGCCCCUGGACAUCUUCAAGGAUUGGCUAUUUGUUGGGCUGGCGGCGUCCACGGGGUCGUUCCUGGGUUACAUCCUCGCAGCCUUCGGUGUGUUUGUGCUCUUCGUUUCGGGCGCCUAUAUGCAAGCUUUCCACUCUACUGCGCUCUUCAAGCAGCUUUCACCCGUGCAAGCCGUCCGCUGCCGGUGGAGAGCUCACAGCCCGAGGCGUGGCAACGACUGCAUUAGCGAUUGCAUUCACUGGAUGCGGUUGACCUUGGUGCAGACCUGCUUAACCCUUCUGGAUGAGCAGACCUCGCCAGCGAAGCUGGCCGUGGCGAUUACAGAGGAUCUUCCCCAAUCAUUGCUCCAAUCAAUUUUCGUGGUCGGGUUCGGGGGCUCCGCCACGGUGUUUGCCUUCAUCGGGAUUAGUUGCUUCCGCAUCAUCGCCUGCCUUCUUCUCCGCCCUGUCGUCCUGAGCGUGGAGCAGCGCCACGCGGAGCUCAAGGAGGCGCUGGCGCACUUGAUCCAGGUUCAGCUCAGCCUCACCCACGUCAUCCUGGGCCCACGCCAUCCCAGUGGAUUGUCUCUGCAAUGGAGGUUGGGUGUGGCUUUGGAUGGUUUGGGCAGAAGGGAGGAGGCUCUCUUGACGUUCCAGCAAGCCCAGGAAGCCCAGACGGAGAUGCUAGGCCAACACCACCCCGACACACUGGCGAGCCAGCACUCGCUGGCAGUGACUAUGUCGGACCUGGGCAGGAACGAGGAGGCUUUGCUUGUGGUGCAGGAAGCGCUUGAAGCACGAAAAGAGGUUCUGGGGCCGCACCAUCCAGACACGCUCAGUUCCCAACACAGCCUUGCUGUGUGCUUGGGGAGACUGGGCAGGUUCGAACAGGCGCUGAAGGUGAUUCAGGAAGUCCUGACGGCCAGCGAGGAAGCGUUGGGGGCAGAAUUGACGCUCACAGCACAGCAUGGCAGGGCUUUGUAUUUAAUGCACCUUGGCAGAGACGAGGAGGCAUUGCAAGGGUUCCAGGCGGUCCUGGCAGCCGUCAACGAAUCACUUGGGGCAGGACAUCCACAGAUACUCCAGAUCCAAAGCCGCGCUGCUGGUUGCUUGGAGAGGCUGGGCAGGCAUGAAGAAUCUUUGCAAGGGUUUCAUGAGAUCCUGGAAGCCUGGAGAGAGCUGAUGGGUCCCCGCCAUCCUCAGACACUCGUAGCCCAGUCAAAUUUGGCAUUGAGUCUGUAUUGCGUGGGCAAGAGCGAGGAGGCACUUGGCGAGGCGCAGGAAGCUUUCUCUGCCAAGAAGGCAGUCUUCGGUGCCCAGCACCCUAGCACGCUUGAAACUCAAAGCAACUUAGUGGCGAUUCUAAAUGGUCUAGGCAGGAGAGAGGAGGCAGCGCAGAUCUGCCAGGAGCUUCUGAGCACCCAAGCUCAAGUGCUGAGCCCGGGGCAUCCCGACAUGGUUCGCACCGAGCAGAUGCUGGCUGAGCUCUCGCAGAAGCUACCUACACUGCUGAACCGACGCGGCAAAGCAAGCCUAGGGAAGGUGGGCAUGCCAGAGACCAAGCCAUCAGUGUGGCGCAGACUGAUGACGGGGGGGUGCUUCCGCCAAAGCCAGCCAUUCCCAAAAUGGCAGCCGGCGGUGGCUGAAACGCCUCUUGCUCCACAGGAGGCUGCAUGA